AUGUGCCAAAAGAUUGACGAGAACGGCAACAAAGUACAACAGCAGAGUGAAAGCUGCCGCCUGCAAACUCCAACAACGUUUACCAGAUCUGCAAAUGGUUCUAUAGAUCACUCUCGACACCACGUCGAGGCAUCCUCCAUCCGCGCACAAGAAUUAGAAUACGACUAUGAUCACCGCCGAACAAUGACAAUCCAAUCCCAGCAUCGUCAAUGGCCUCAGGAUAUCUGGGUUCACAGUCCAUAUGGCCGACAGCUGUACCAGGCUGUGUUGAUGUUUGAGAUUGAGACAGAGACGACUGUUCAGGAUGGCAAGUCGGAGACGAACGGACAUGCUUCUAAGAGCUGUUCAGCGUGA